GCCUGCGGAGAGCUGGGCACUGAACGCAGCACCGAACCAUUCCCACCACCGCUCACCGGCUACAUGUGCGGGAAGAAACCUGCAGAGUGAAAGCAGGCAGAGGGAAGAAAGCAAACUGAACAGCACUUUUUACUGCGUACUCAUAGUUUUUUUUUUUUUUAAUUUUUCUUACUGAGGCAUUAGGUGUGUGAACCAGUGAAAGUUGGAUGCCUGAGAAAAAAAAUUGCAAGUCCGGACUGAACGACAAUGGAAUUUGUGAUCUCCUAACCUCGAGAAAUAACGUUAUCUGUCUCGGCUCAUUGGCGGCGUAUUCAAGCACCGGUUGGUUUCGGACAAAUUGGAUAAGUUUCACCCGGUGAAAACGGUGAGAAGUUGCUUUGCUGUAACGUUACCGAGAAGGAAAGGAGCCUUUUGAACAAGUGACUUAAGAGUUGAGCGCUGGACAAGGUUUUCACUAAUCCUCAUGGGAGCCAUGGAAGGGUUGGAAAUUGCAGGAACAGUGCAGUGAUCUUCGACAGUCACCUCUCACCAUCGAGUGCCACCCCCUCCUGUCAUCUUUGCCCAAACCUGGCAACCCCCCUCCUCGUGUUUAGCUGUGUCCAGGGGCUAACCUCUAUCUUCUCAUCGGUGGACCACAGUGGAUCAGGUUGUGUCCAGAAGAAUGUGUUUUUAAACCCGAGCUGCUGGGAGGUUGGGAGGUGACAUGCCUCUGUAAAACACCACUGGAAACAAAUGCUCUGCUGCCAUGCCUCCGGGGAUGGUGCGUCGUCUUUCAGUGUCAGCAGUCCAGACACUUCUGUCUCUCCUACUGCUAGCCAUUGGCUGGCCCUUCACCUCAUUACUUAGUGGUGUUGUCCAAGGAUCACACUCCCCUCCCUCCAGUCUUUAUCCCACCUUCAUCCGGAAUGACACUCUGUUUGAGCACCUGGCCCUGCAUCCUGACCCUAGUGUCAGUCGGGUCUAUGUCGGGGCCCGAGAUCACCUGUUCCAGUUGGAUCGAUUCCUCCAGCCUGAACUCCAGGAUAACACUGGACCUGUUAAAGACAGCCGGGAGUGCUUACCUCCUGUAACUGUGAGCAACUGCCCUCAGGCUAAGGAGACACACAACCACAACAAACUUCUGCUAGUUGACCCUUAUUCCAUGGAGCUAAUUACCUGCGGGAGCAUCAACCAAGGGAUUUGCCAGAAGCGUAGUCUGGAUUCUGUAAAUGUGGUACUUUUCUCUACAGAGAGGCCAGUGGAUACUCAAUAUGUAGCAGCGAACCAUCCCAAUGUUAGCACCGUGGGACUCGUGGUUCGCUCUCAGCCUGACAGGCAGCCAGUUCUGUUUGUGGGGCGGGGUUACACCAGCAGCCACCCACCUAUCUCCACACGAAACCUCGCCCAUGAACCCGUCUUUUCUUACGAAGAGACUGCCAAGUUGGCUGUGGCCGGCCGCCUGUCAGAAUACGACCAUCAUUUCGUAGCAUCAUUUGCACACCGUCAACACGUAUACUUCCUCUUCUACAGGAGAGACUUAAAGUCACAGUCACGCGAGUACCGCACCUACAUCUCUCGGGUUUGUUUGGAUGACCAGGCCUAUUACUCCUAUGUGGAAGUACCCUUAACAUGCUCCAGGGCAGGGAAAAUGUACAACCUGUUGCAAGCUGUCCAGCUUGGGCUCACCAAGAAUGGUGGGGUGGGUCAUGGCUCAGAAACUCUUCUUGGUGUCUUCUCCACUUAUUUGGCUUCAUCCACUCGGCCCAGUGAGGACUCAGCCCUCUGCAUGUUUAACCUCGAGGAUGUGGACCGCAGGAUUAACUCCACCAGAGACCUGUGCUACACACAGACGGGUAAAGAGGCAGGAGUGGAGGCAGCCUACAUUGAGUAUGAAGUCAAAUCCAACUGCGCCAACCUGCCAGAGAACACCCUGGACGCAUACCCCUGCGGCUCUGACCACACCCCCAGUCCAAUGGCCAGCAGGAUAGCCGUCGAAGCAGAGACCAUACUGGACAGCCCGUCUGCCCGUCUCACUGCUGUGGCUGUCAGCGUGAGGGCGGGACAUACCAUCGCCUUCCUGGGAGACUCCAAGGGGAACCUGCACAAGGUGUUCCUGGGUCCAAACGGCGAGGUGGAGGAGUACUCUGUCAUCUCUGUUCAGCAGAACGCAGCUAUCAGUUCAGACCUGAUCCUGGACCAGAAAGAGGAACACCUCUUCAUCAUGACGCAUAACAUGGUGCAGAAGAGGCCAGUGGCUGAAUGCCAGCAGCACCCAGACUGCCACUCCUGUCUGCUGGCCCACGACCCUUACUGUGGCUGGUGUGUCCUGGAGGGAAGGUGUGUGUUGCAGUCAGAGUGUGCUCGUGGGAAGCAGUCAGGUCAGUGGCUGUGGAGCUUUGACAUGGAGCAGCAGUGUCUGGCCAUCCAGGACCUGAACCCAUCCAACGUCAGCAGGGAGGAGAGCAGGACGGUGUCCCUGUCAGUCCCAGGACUUCCAGUGUUGGAGAAAGGGGAGUCCUACUCCUGCUUCUUCCAGGACAGCCACAGUCCUGCCAUCGUCUCCGAAAGCGGGGUCACCUGCCAUUCUCCAGACACCAGUCAAGUACCCAUGGUGCCUCCAGGACAGGACUUUGUCACAGUCACCCUGUCCCUUCGUUUUGGCAACGUCACCGUCACAACGAGGGAUUUCACCUUCUAUGACUGCACGGCUGUGAAGCAGCUGUCUGGCAGCAUGCCUUGCCGUGGUUGCGUUUUGAGCCGAUGGGGCUGCAACUGGUGUGUUCACCAGCACUUGUGUACCCACAAGCCCACCUGUGAGGAGGGCGUGAUCAUCUACAACCAACAUUUUAAACUCCCCACCUCAGCUCCUCCCACUACCAAACCUCUAAAAGUCACCACAACACCCUCUACCACAACGGCCGCCCUGACAACUACCACCACGACAACCACCACGACAACUCCCACGACUAUCGCUACAACAACCGCAGCCCCCAUCACUGUAGCAACCACUCAGGAGCCAACAACUCCUCCCGCACCCACUAUUCCACCCAUGACCACCACCAGCCUUGAGCUGACCACCCCACCUACCACCCUGCCCCCUCAGCCUGCCACUUCCCUGCCACCCACCACACCGGCGCCCACUACACCUCUGCCCCCAGAGGUCACCACUAGGAAGGAACAAGAGGCUGAAGCAGGUGGGCUUGUUGUUGUCACCCAAAGUGACACUGAAGGCACCGCAGCUACACCCGUUGUCGUCACGGUAGCCAUGGAGUUGGCGCCUGUCACCAAUGCUGAUGAACUAAUCGGGGUUCUGGACCAUGUGAUGCCUUCGAUCAUCCCGCCCCAUGAACCAGACUCCUCCCCACUGGAGGUGGUGACGGAGCCGCCCAUCAGCGACACUCACGAAGACGAGGGAGCUUUAAGCGUGGCAGAGCCUCUCACCCCAGCCACAUCUGGCUUCCCCCUGCCCACACCCUUCCCUGUGGGCGAACCAGACGACACUGAGUCUUCCCUCUACCUGGAUCUGACCCAGGCACCCACUCCAGUACCCACACAAGACUCCCACACUGAGUCAGGGGGCCCUGACACAGACCCUGAGGUUCUCCUCUGGCCAAAAGAGGAAACGGGCAUCCACGCUGAGAGUGCCGUCCAGCCAGAAAACGACACAGCCACAUUUUCAGCGGCCACUGUGCUGUCAGGCGACGGUGAGGUCGACCACGCCCACCCAUCCUACCCCCACCUGUUGGAUACUGACUCAGAGCUAGACUACCAGUAUGAUCCAGCCGACGGCUUCCUCCCGGGGGAUGAGGGCUCCUUUGUCAGCUGGGGUUCCUCAGCUUGUCCCUGUGUGGAGAGGGUUCAGGGUUCAUCGCUGCUCCCUGUCAGGGUGGAAAGAAAGAUCACCUUACUGGCCCACAACCUGCACCUCUAUCAGGACACUGAGCUGGACUAUGAGUGUGUGCUGGUCAUUGAAGGGCAGACGGUGGUGGUGGACGCCUACGUGGAGACCGAUGACACAAAUCCAUCCAACUUUGACAUCACCUGUCAGCUCCACCAGUAUACAUACUCUGCUCCAGUGGAGGAAUACAAUGCCAUGGUGUAUGUGAAGAGGAGGGACACCUUCCAUGUGGACAGCUCUCCUGAGCUAUAUGUGACUCUGUACAACUGCUCUGUGGGCCGCUCUGACUGCAGCCGCUGCCACACAGCUGACCACAAGUAUGGCUGUGCGUGGUGUGGCGGUGCUCAUGCCAGCUGCUUGUAUUCAGGCUCCUGCAGUGAACCAGUACAGCAGACAUGCCCCGCCCCCGUCAUCCACUCUAUUGAGCCUCUCUCUGGUCUGUUGGAAGGCAACACCACGGUGACCAUCUCAGGCUCCAACCUGGGCCAGAAACCUGAAGACAUCCUCCACUCCGUCACAGUAGCUGGGGUUCCCUGCACCGUCAUCCCCAGCCUCUAUGAGGUGUCCUCCAGGAUUGUGUGCAGGACCAAAGCCAGUGGAGGAGAGAAGAUGGGCCAUGUGUCUGUUGAAGUGAGCGGAGGAGAGUUUGGCCUGUCCAGCCAGAGCUUCAGCUACCAGGACCCAUUUGUGAUGGGGGUGACCCCUGAAAGAGGGCCCAAAGCGGGGGGAACGUUCCUGACGAUAACUGGCCGAAAUCUGCUGACAGGACGUCCCUCUGACCUCACCAUCACUGUGGGAGGGGUGCCCUGUAACAUUGUGUCGGAGUUGCAGAGGUCCAGUGUUCAGUGUGUGACGGGCAGCAGUAAUAAGACAGGAGACCAGCAGGUCACCCUGCAUUACGGCAGCAGCCAGCGUCACCUCCACACCGCAGCCUACUGCUACACCCACAACCCCAACAUCACCCACGCCACACCUGCAAAGAGCUUCCUGGAUGGCGGACGGCUGAUCUACGUGUCAGGACACAACCUGGACGUGGUGCAGGAGCCCCGGAUGGUGGUGACCGUCUCUCCUUUCGAGUCAGUCGGCCAGAAUAAAAAGAGGAAGCGAAGGAGGAGGAAGAGGAGGAGUGGAGAGCAAGGGGAGGACAGGGAGAAGACUUUGGGAAGGCCAGCAAGGAUGGUUCCUGACUCUGUCUGUCCUGGAGACCUACUCUGCUCUGCCAAACAGUUCACAGAGCGCUGUGAGGUGAACUCCUCCUCCCUGAUACUGUGUCGCUCUCCUAUGGUAGACUCCUCUGUCUGGGGGUCAAAGGUCACUGUGGAGUUCCUACUGGACAACCUGCGCUUUGACUUCAGCAGUUUGAACCCCCAGACCUUCAGCUACGAACCCAACCCUGUCCUGCGACCCCUGAACCAGCAGGACCCUCUGAAGGCCUACCGCUACAAUCCUGGCAGCUUCAUCCAGCUGGAGGGUGAAAAUCUGGACCUGGCCAUCACUAAGGACGAGGUGGUCGUGUUGGUCGGGGAGGGUGUGUGUGCUGUUAAGACCCUGACCAGAAACCACCUGUACUGUGAGCCCCCACCUCAGCAGCCUGCACCAGUACCCAACGGCAAGAAACGCGAGGGCUCUGACAAUCUGCCUGAGUUCACUGUCCAAAUGGGCAACCUGAACUUCUCCCUGGGUAAGGUUCAGUAUGACAACCUCAGCCUGGCCACCUUCCCUCUGGAGGCUCAGAUUGGAGUUGGAGUCGGCGCGUCCAUCGUAGCCCUCAUCGUCCUAAUCAUCGUGCUCAUUUACAGGAGAAAGAGUAAGCAGGCACUGAGAGACUACAAGAAGGUCCAGAUCCAACUGGAGAACCUGGAGACCAGCGUGAGAGACCGCUGCAAGAAGGAGUUCACAGACCUGAUGACAGAGAUGAUGGACAUGUCGAGUGACCUGGUGGGCUCUGGCAUCCCUUUCCUCGACUAUCGGAGGUAUGCUGAGCGCAUUUUCUUCCCAGGCCAUCGGGAGUCUCCGCUGAGGCGAGACCUGGACAUUCAGGAGUGUCGGCGGCAGACGGUGGAGCAGGGCCUGGUGCAGCUGUCCAACCUGCUCAACAGCAAACUCUUCCUCACAAAGUUCAUUCACACUCUGGAGAGCCAGCGCACUUUCUCUCCCAGAGACCGAGCCUACGUGGCCUCGCUGCUGACGGUGGCGCUGCACGGCAAACUGGAAUACUUCACUGACAUCCUCAAAACUCUCCUGAAUGACCUGGUGGAGCAAUACGUGGCCAAGAACCCCAAACUGAUGCUCCGAAGAACAGAGACAGUGGUGGAGAAGCUCCUGACUAACUGGAUGUCCAUCUGCCUCUACGCUUUCCUCAGGGACUCCGCGGGGGAGUCUCUGUACAUGCUGUUCAGGGCCAUAAAGCACCAGGUAGAUAAAGGACCAGUGGACGCUGUGACCGGCAAGGCCAAGUACACCCUCAAUGACAACCGCCUGCUGCGAGAGGACGUGGAGUACAAGACACUGACUCUGAAUGUUUUGGUGCAGGGUGGAGGGGUGAACGAGACCCAGCCGCUGCCCUCUAAAGUGCUGGACUGUGACACCAUCACACAGGUGAAAGAGAAGCUGCUGGAUCAGGUGUACAAGGGCACCUCCUUCUCCCACCGCCCCCACGCCGACUCGUUGGAUCUGGAGUGGAGGUCUGGUGUUGCCGGUCACCUCAUCCUGUCAGACGAGGACUUGACGUCUGUGGUUCAGGGCAACUGGAAACGCCUCAACACACUGCAGCACUACAAGGUCCCGGAUGGUGCAACGGUCGCUCUGGUCCCCCGCCACAGCAAACACAUUCACCAUGACAACCAUGACUACGUGGCAGGAGAGAAGACUCCGAUGCUGGAGGACGCAGAUGAAGGCGGAGUAAGGCUGUGGCAUCUGGUGAAAGCCAGCGAAGAGCCCGAGCUGCCCAAACACCGCAGAGGGAGCCUGAGGGAGAGAGAGAGGGCCAAGGCCAUCCCAGAGAUCUACCUGACCCGCCUGCUGUCCAUGAAGGGGACGCUGCAGAAGUUCGUGGACGAUCUAUUCACAGUAAUCCUCAGCACCAGCCGUCCCGUCCCACUGGCCGUCAAAUACUUCUUUGACCUGCUGGACGACCAGGCGGGACAACACGGCAUCUCUGACCCAGAGACGAUACACAUCUGGAAGACCAACAGUCUGCCUCUGCGUUUCUGGAUCAACAUUGUGAAGAACCCUCAGUUCAUCUUUGACGUCCAGGCGUCGGACCAUGUGGACGCCGUGCUCUCUGUCAUCUCGCAGACCUUCAUGGACUCCUGCACCAUCGCUGAGCACAAGCUGGGGCGGGACUCUCCCAUCAACAAGCUCCUGUAUGCCAGAGACAUCCCACGCUAUAAGCAGAUGGUAGAAAGGUACUAUGCUGACAUCAGACAGACCAUCUCAGCCAGUGACCAGGAGAUGAACUCUGCUCUGGCUGAACUGUCCAGGAACUACUCUGGAGAGCUCAACUACCUGGUCGCACUGCACGAGCUGUACAAGUACAUCAACAAAUACUACGACCAGAUCAUCACAGCGCUGGAGGAGGACACCACAGCCCAGAAGAUGCAGCUCGGCUACAGACUGCAGCAGAUCGCAGCCGCCGUGGAGAACAAAGUCACUGACUUGUGACAGAGAAAACACCCACCAGAGCCGUGGCACGCAGAGUGGGAGGGGGAUAAAGAGACUUGUGUCCUGUAGGGUUGAACUGAAGACCAGGACAGCAACAAGACAGACGAAUAAGGACAAUAAUGAUGAGAAGAUUCAGGAUGCAUGGUGACACUCUGAAGCCCUGAGCUCUGUGCAGGAGCAGGACAGCACAUGGAGCCCAGACAAAACUGGACAAAGAGUCAGCAGUCAGGCCUGCUGCCCCUCCCAAAACUUAUUGAAGAGACAUUUGGAGGAAAAAUAGUUUUCUCUUUACAGAAUACGUGCUGGACUUCAGACACAGUCAGGUCAUCUGAUCUGAUCUAGUCUGAUCUGAUAGAAGAGACUACAGGGGGUUUUAUGUCGCUGUUUUCCCUCUGGAGUGAAUUUUAUGAAGUGGUACCUCUUAUGCCUUGUGUGUUUGUCACUGCUGUACGGUCAGAACUUAUUUCUUUGUGUGUACGGUGAUUUGUGUGUGUGUGUGUGUGUGCGCGCGCGCCCUGGUUGUCAAUCUACAUGUAUUUUCACAUUUCUAGUAUAAAGUAUUGAAGUAACUGGUUCUUAUCUUUUCGAUGUUACAGUCGGCAGUAUUCACUUUAAGUAGAAUGGUCACAGCAUUGUUUAUCCUCUUCACUUCAAGCUAACUGCUGAGAGUCUAACAAGUCACUGCCACUCUACCUCAGCCUGCUGCGCUGCAUCCAACGCUCUGUUCAUUUCCUCUGUCAUGUUGUUGACCAAACACCAACACUACUGUGCACAUUUCAACCAGCUGCAACUACCAGUACAGCAGCAUUCUGCCCUCAUGCACAUAUACAGUGUAACAGCUGCUGCAACAGUAUACACACACACACACACAGCAAACAUUUCAGACUUUUCUAUUCAUAAUUUUCUUUCCUUUGUGUGAGAUUGGAAAUGAGAAUGUGCUCGUUGGAGAAUUUUAAGGUACUUAAACUGCGACUGAGUGACAGUUUUUAGAUUCUUGCUUUUAUACUUCUAAAUGUGGAUGUUUGUGUAGUGUACAAGUCACUGGAAAGAUGUUAGAGGACAAACAAACUCCUUCCAUAAACAAACUCAUAUUAAUGAAGUUAGUCUGCACCACAGUUUUUCUUGAGUCAGUCCUGUUUCUUGUAUAUUUUAACAUUCCUUUUAGGUUUUGAACAAUGUUUUAAAUCAUGGGUCACGUUCUUCCACUGCAGACCGAUGUAACGGUACAUGUUGAAAUGUGUCUGUAUUGACGCAGUAGUUAAUAUCCAGUUCUUGUAUCGAACACUGUGGCACUGCUUCAUGUGCUGUCCAUCUGUGUGGCGUUUUGUUCUGUCAGUUGAUGCAGGUUGUGUAUUGAUUAUACUACUACCGGUUCAGUAGGUAUGUUUGAUCUUGAUAUCUGCUGAUGUUCUUAUUUAAAUGACAAAGACUGAGACGGCUUCUGAGGAGUCAGUGGGGCUGGGUGUGGUUCAACUUUAAUGUCAAUAAAAUGUCAAACUCUGUUUCCCCUUUUAAAGGUCCAGUGUGUCACAUUUAGGAGGCUCUAUUUACAGAAUAUAUUUUUCAUAACUAUGUUUUCAUUAGUGUAUGAUCACCUGAAAAUAAGAAUCAUUCUGUUUGUUACCUUAGUAUCUUCACCACCAUGUUGAACUCAUGUCAUGUUUCUACAGUAGGCCAGAACAGACAAAACACUGACUCUACAAAGGAACUUUUGGGUUUUUCACCACUGGAGUUGCUAGGAAGGGCAUGGUGGUGCGAGGGGGUGCAAUCAGCAACACUAGAUCCCACUAAAUCCUCCACACUGGACCUUUUUAAAUUGUUUCCAACAGCACUGCCUUUCUGUUUGGGUUUGGGGUUUAAUUCAGGUUAAUAUUGAGGACGGGGUUAUUCCAGAGAUAACUGGCCGGGCUCAGGUGACCAUCAAGAAACACAAAUCAUCAGUGAAACAGAAUUUGACACAACACCUCUACCAAAAGUUUGAGUACCAAACUAAUUCAGUUGUUCAGUAUCUUACUUUGCAAAACAUACACAUUUUCAACAUCACAUAAUAUCUAUAAUAAGAAGGCACGACUGAGAAUCUGCCAGCUUCUGUGCAUAAACUGUUUGUUAAUGUACUAUAGACACAGGUUAGUCAUAACAUUCGAUACCCAGCCAUGCCCACCAGACAUCAGUCACAGUGAAAUGGAUUCAAACUGUCUCCUGUCUGUCCCCCCUUGAUCAGUGUUCCGUGUGUGUGUGUCAGUUGAGCCUAAAGUGUGUCAUUCCCACGUCCAUCCAGGCUCAGCAUGACUCAGUGUAGGGCUUAACACACACAAGCAACUAAUGAGUCACAUGAACGCGUGGUUUGUUCUGUCGUACACUGUCGGGUCAGAUGGGGGUGAAAGCUCAGUGAUGAUGAAGACAAAGCCAUCUGAGGGAAAACUUUAACUGUUAUUAGGCUGUAUAAAUUUGGCAAUGUAGAGCAGGCUCUGCAAAGAGCAGUUUUUAAGGACGUCUCUUAUUUUGUGUGUUAAUAUCAUUGUACAUACUGAUUUCAAAUGUAACUGUAGUGAUUUAACCUGUUUAAUAAGAGAGAGUGUAACUUCUCACACAUGCUGAUGUAAUAAAGUAUUCUUAAAAUGA